AUGGCUUCCAAACUCAUCAAUUUCCAUUCUCCAUCAUCAUAUUCAUAUGCAGCUGCAUUAUUCAUUGCAGCAAUGAGCUGCACCAAUGUCCUCGUAACCGAGGGCGUAAUCGGCGUAAAUUGGGGCCGGAAAAACGCGCAGCGGCUAAUACCUUCCGUGGUGGUCGAUCUCCUCCUCCAAAACCGUGUUCCCGCGGCCCGAAUCUACACAACCGAGACCGACAUACUCGAGGCUUUCGUUGGUAGCGGCAUCAACCUCGCCAUUAACAUUUUCGAUGCCAGCAAAGUUGCCACUUAUGAGGAUGCCCGGUCGACGGUCGACCGCAGGUCCGCAUGGUUCGACCCCUCCAACAUAACGCGAGUCUACGUCGGGAACCAGAUGUUCGCGCCGAUACUAAACGACACGAGGCAACAGAGCAAGGUAGUCGACAUGCUUAACAACACACAAAGAGCGCUCAACGAUGCCGGGUAUAGCCACGUGAAGGCGACCUUGACCCAUCCUUUCUUCGUACUAAACCACAAUUUCACGAGGCCUUCCGAAGCCGAGAUCAGCGUCUCGGUCCACGAGCAGUUCAUGAGGUACCUCGAUAUCAUCAAAGCCAGCGGGGCCCCUGUCUGCAUCGACCUCUUCCCAGUCGAGAUCGUACGCGCCCUCGGCAUUCACGACUUCGACUUUGCCUUCGCCGACAACCGAUCGACCCACAUCGUGACCGACGUCGGGGGCGCCGUGUACACCAACGCGUUCGAGUUUAUGUACGACUCCUUCAUGUGGGCCCUCGAGAAGGUUGGGGCCCACGAAGUGGAGGUCGUCGUGACUCAGAUCGGGUGGCCCACAGACGGGCACCCAAACGCCAGCGCAGCCAAUGCCGAGCGGUUCUACAAGGCCCUCCUUCCACUCGUCUCCAGCGGCCGGGGUACACCCAAGCGGCCGGGUAAGCACAUCGACAUUUACGUGCACGCGCUCACAGACGAGAACAAGAACCCGCCCGGAGUGCCCUACGGGCGGCAUUGGGGGAUCUACAGGUCCAACGGGGAGCCGAAAUACCGGGUCGACCUAACAGGUCAGGGUCGGGACGUGCUCCCGGCCCGAGCCCGCGAUAUCAACCGGAUGCCGGAGCGGUGGUGUGUGUUGGACCCAUCGUUGGCGGACGACGAGAGGGUCGAGGCAGAGUACAUGGUCGCGUGCAGUGGAGGGGACUGUACGAGCAUGUACACGGGAGGGUCGUGCAGCGGGCUCGACAAGUGGGAGAACGUGUCGUACGCGUUCAACAUGUACUUCCAGGCAAAGUUUCAAAACGAGAAGGAGUGCACGUUCGGAGGGCUCGGGCGGGUCGUGACGGAAGACCCGUCGACGGGCAGUUGUGUGUUCCCGGUGGAAGUCGUGAAGGGGCAGCAGAAUAACUUCGCUCCCAAGCGUGCCGAAGGGAGUAGAGUUCAUGAGGUGCCUGGGUUUGAUAUGAUACUUGUGCUUUUGGUUUCAACCCUAUGGGCGUUUGUUGAGUGA